UCAUAUAGAGGUUGCAGAUAUCGUGGCGAACUUGUUGCUUCCUAAACGGUAUUAUUUAGUAACACUGGCAAUACGUGUGACGCCAAUCUUUAUAAAUAGCGCGCUAUCUGGCAACACAGCGAGGAUCAGAAGAAAAUACAAGCACAAAUGCAAGAGAAAUGUCAUCUGCUGCUAACACUGACGAAGGCGAACACGUUAAAAAGGCAAAUAAAGAGGUGUCGCCUUCGUUCCAAGCAGCAAAAGGCAUUUUGCUAACCGUCAUGUCAGCCAUCGCUUCUUCUUUUGGUGGGGAGUUCACAGCAUUAAUAGACAAGGAAGGCCUUCCGAAUUUCCAAACGCUUUUCUUACGGCGAGCGAUUGAGCUUCUCACACUUAUUCCUAUCUUAGCAAUCUGUCGGCCGAGAUUAACGGGUGAAAAUAGACGCCAGAAUAUCAUGUUGUUUCUAUUUGCGAUUUUUACAAACUGUGUUAAUUUUUUCAACUUUUUCUCCUUUAUCUACGCAGUUCCUGGAAUCGCGUUUGGUUUCAUUCAAGGUUUGAAGCCUUUCUUUGUAGCCGGCAUCGGUUUUGUGUUCUUGAAGGAAUCUCUGUUUCUAGGGGACAUUUUUGGGCUUCUCACUAGCGUAACAGGGGUUGCUCUAGUGGCGGUGGGGAACACACAGGUAGAUGGAAUGUCCACCAAACUACUCGUCUUGUCAAUCGUAAUUCCGAUAACUGCGUCGUUUGCCUUAGCACCUGAUGUGGUCUUUAUGCGGUACCUGACAGGUACAUUAGAGGUGGCGAUAGUCACAAUUUUGCUGUAUAUGAAUUUGGUAGGUUCAGUGAUAUUACUAGGAAUAACAUAUGCAUUAGAGACACCAGUGUGGACAAUGUCAUUGCGUACAGCGUUAUACGUGGUAGGACUGGGGUUGAGCAGGAGUCUGAGCAACAUAUGCUUCCUUGCAGGCCUGAAAAAUAUAAAGGCGUACAUCACAACUACAGUACAUAUGUUUGCAAUCCCAUUCACUCUGAUCCUAGAUUCCUUCUUUCUGAGGAAUGUACCAAAUUCCUUUCAUUUGGCAGGCGUUGUCUUGGUGAUGAUGGGUAUAACGUUUGUUAGCGCGUACACAUGGUGGAGGGAACGUCAGAAGGAACUGAGAGAUGAAUUUCUUAAAUCACUCCAGUUUAAUCCUGAUGAAAGACCUGACGGACAUUAGGUAUGUAGAAAAAGAAAUAAUUGAGUUCCAAGGUUUGCUCUUUUUCAAAGCCACUCUUUUGGCUUUGCUUUAAUAUGCCUUUCAAAUGCAUAUUGAAACAAAACCAAAAGGGUGGCUUUUUGUUUACGAAAACUUACGAAACCAAUUAUCUCAACGAUCUUAACCUCUCUGAACUUACAGAUUAGGAUUACUUUUGAAAAGUACAUGCAAUCUGUUCUGUGGUCUUGAAUUGCAUUGUACGUAUACAUUUCUUUUGUAUUUGAAAGAGCUGAGAUAUUAUUGAGAAAAAAAUGUAAAUAAUUGAUACUUGCAAAAACAUGGUACAAGCCUUUCUUUAUGUUAACAAAAAUUUUAUGCCAACCAGAAAAGCUCCAACUUGACAUGUCAGACAUUUUUAUUUGUAUCACAUUGUUUAAAGAACCCAGUGUGCAAAUUAUUUUUGUUGAAUUGAUAAAUAAAACUGUAUCAUGAAAAUGGUGUUUCUAUUGUGACCAAUGUCGUUUCUUAUACGGUUGAAUGGUACGUUGGUUGAAAUAAUAAAUAAGUCGAUAACAACAAUAAGCAAAAUCAACGAUACAAAGUGCGCUGCAAUACGUUUAAAAGUCGUUAGAAUGCUAAAAUUCGAACUUAACCUUCAUUUUUUUCCACCCGAAAAAAAUUGAAUAUUUGUACGUUAGACGUAAUAGGGCUGUGCUCAACAGGUAUCUUGGUAUGACACGCCCAGAAAAGAAUUGCAGAAAAAAAUGAAUAUUCCGAAGGCAAACACAUAGAGUUACGGUCCCUCCCCCAAACCAUAUCUCACACGAUCGUUAAACCAGCAUGGUUUCUGGUACAAACUUUGUACACUGGUUUAUUUUAAAAACUGCAAAAAGCCUGCAAAGAUAUCUUGUAUCUUGCAACCACCCAAAUGAAUUCUGUGUAUGCAGAACAAAUGUUAAUCUCCUGAUUACCAGUAUUUCUAAUUGCUAGUUGACAUAAUUGCUGCCUCAAGCAUUAGGCAGUCUAGGAAAUGUACAAGGCAGAUGUUAGAAAAGAAUUGACUUCAAAUCAAAGGAGAACCGUAAAAAUCACAUUUCCGUUGGUAAAAGGGUGUGCUCACGUAUACCGGCCACUACUGUACCGUUCUUAAGAUGUUUAUCAGCAGUUAGACUCAAUCUAUAACUGAUAAUCGGGCAUUGCAUGCCCACAGAACAAGACAAC